CUCCACCGACCCGUAACCUCCUCCAUCAGACCUGCCUAAUUGUCACUCCAUUAUUUUUUUUUUGUCAACCACUAUGCUAUGACUAAUAUAUAAGAGGAAUAACGUUUACAAUUGGCACUUUAUGUUACAGAAGAUGUCCUUUUCCCCUUGAAGUCUGUUCUUCCAUCAAGCACAAAUAUCAUGCAGGAUGCUGCAACGAGAUCGCACCCUUACUGGCUGUGGAACCUGCCGCGGUCGCCAUGUGAAAUGUGACGAAACACGCCCCAUCUGCCAGAAUUGCCAGCAGCAGGAUCUAGCAUGUCUCGGCUACGAACGACAAUUGAACUGGAUUGGAGAGUAUGCCCGUCAUGAUGCAGUCCGAGUUUACCGCCGUCCCCUAUUCUCCGUGACUGACCAAGAAAGGAUGGCGCGGAUGACUGUAGAUAGCCUUGGUCAACAUUCUGCUAAUACUGCAUUGGCCAAGCUGGAUUUUGAGAGCGGAAGCAGUGGACAAGCUGGUUCAUGUUUGGAACAUGAUUCAUUUCGAGGCCCUUUCGGGGUACUGAACUUGUUGCCUAGUAAGGCAUCUCCAGACAAUCAACCUGAAUCACAGUCAGACCGGGCGGAACCCACCCAGUUGGAAAUGGAUCUUUUCUGGAACUCACUGGAUACCACUUCCAGCAUCGCAGGAGACUCUCAUAUGUUUGCUGGGUUGUACGAUCUAAUUGAGGAAUCUGAGAACGCACAUGUAUCGGACCCAUUGUUGGACGUUGAUACUAUACCCAAUGACCUCCAGGUUCCCCUUCCGGGGCCUUUAAACGCAAACUCCAACGAACUCAUAUCUCGGCCGACCUCUCUGUCCUUGAACCCCGUCCCCGACCUUGCGCUCUCAGGAAGUAAUCACAUUCCUCCACUAACCCCAGACCUACUACGAUACUUCAAAGAGAACGUCGUUUCGCUCUCGUUCCCUCUGAAGAAUUGCCGGAAGUGUCCCUGGCAGACAAUCCACUUCCCCAGUGCAAUGAGCACAUUUGCAGAGCUCAGUAUCCACCGGACCGCCAGUCAUACAAGGCUGUCUUUAUUUUAUUCCCUUCUCGCUGCCAGCUGCCUACAUAUGUAUGCACGGGACCAAUUCGCCGCAGACUUGAAUAUGUCGGGAGAGAGGUUUAAAGAAACAGCCAAGCAACAUCUUGAAUUAGCUCUAAACGAGGAAGUUCUAGGACCAAAACCAGCCAAGUAUAAGGAGAUUUUAAUGGCCGUUCUGUCAAUGGUGAUGAUUUCAGUAUUCCAUGGAGAAAACUCUAUUGCACAAGCUUUCCUAGUUGACGCAGAGUAUCUUAUUCGCAUACGGGGCCUCCCUAAGCCACAUAAGUCAGUCAAGGUCCGCUCACUGCAUCAUGUCUACACAUAUCUACGCAUCAUGGCUGAAAGUACGUGCGGAUGCGCCCUCCUCGAUAUUUGUCCCGACCGUCCCAGUUCCAGUUUACUCUCGAUAGAGUCCUCUCCAAUUUCUCUACGAAGCUUCCGUAUGGCGCAUGACAGCCUGGACGCCGAAAUCGACAUCACACUAGAGAAAAGCAACAAUAUCGGCCAGAACGACAUCCACCUGGAAGUAAUGGGCCAGUGGAAAGACACGCUGCUCCCGGAUAUUUAUGGAAUCCCGGAGUCUCUAAUGACCCUUCUUUCACAGGCUAUCCGCUUAGCUAACGAACAAGAGCUACUCCACAGGGGCCCGGCCAUGGAUGUGCGUGUCAUAGAAGAAUUAAAGCGGCGUGCGAGCACGCUUGAACAGUACAUUCUCUCAUGGGAGCCACCGUCCAGCUCUCUGCCCUCCUUGGUAAACGAUUUGGCGAUCAAGGACGCUCAGAAUAGCCAGAACCAAGCAGCUUACUUCAUGAUGCGUGCGUUGCAUCAGGCUCUGGUUUUAUUCUACUAUCGUCGCGUCCCCAAUAUUAGCGCAUUGAUGCUCCAAGAUACUGUUCGGAAUUGUCUGCAUUUUUUGAUGCGCUAUGAUAAUGCCCGCGUGGAAAGUGCGUCUCGUGACAAAACAAUCCUCUGGCCAGGUUUUGUGGCUGCUUGCGAAGCGUUGGAUCCUGACCUGCAGCAUGGACUGUUGGAUUGGUUGGUCGCUGCUGGGCAUCGUACAUCUUUGGGUCCUUUUUCUGCUGCUGCAGGGACUGCGCAGUGUGUUUGGAAGGCUCGAGAAGAGACUAAGGAUUAUACACUCAGCUGGUUUGAUGUUAUGAAGCAUGAAAGAUGUCCAAUCAUUGCAACGUGA